GUUUUCAUUCCCAAGUUGAUCCCGUGCAAAUUGAGGACCUAAUCGCUAUGAAGACCCAGAUUGACGAAUUGGUCAGCAUUUUGAUGGAGAAAGAGGCCAAGCUUCAGGAACUGACGUCGAACUCCGAAGACGACAGGUACGUUUCCUACACUCCCAAUGAAGCAUUACGGAUUCUGACGAGAUGAAGAAGGAAAGUCAACAUGAUGUUUUGUAGGUAAUGUACAUUUGCAGAUAAAAGCAAUGGAGCACAAAAACGUACAAUAAGUUUAUAUGUGUAUCGUACAAGUAGGACGACUCUUUGUCAUUGCCAGGUAUCUUCCGCUAUAGCGCUAACAAUUGACGCUACAAUUUACCAUUAGCUUUUACUUUUUUUGAUAGACAUGUAUUUUGGACCCUGUGUAUAAUGUGCUAGAAAGAGAAACAUUCCGUUUUACUCUAAUAAGAGAAUGGGGAGGUAGUUUUAAAAAUGCAUGAACGGAAGACCAUUUAUGGCAUGAACCUCGAGCCUCACUUUAAUAUGGAUUCAUAAAAAGCUAAGCUUGGAUUUCAACUUAUGAAAAUGAAAAUGAGUACCAACAUGAUUGUAAGAUCCCUUAUGAAUUAAGAAGCUCUUCCUUUUACUGAACACGUUCAAACAAAGGAAAGUCAAAGCACGUCGUAACUUUGGAUGCUUCUAGCAAUAGAUGGCAAAAGGUUGAUACCGAAAUCUUGCAGUUUAAACAAAUAUUCUCUUUAAGCUAAUAUAAAGUACCGCAAAGGAGAGUAAAUAAAUUUCAAUUGUAGUUGAUACCGUAUUUGUGCACUUCCUUUCCGUUACCGGGAGUGAAAUCCUCAAUGUUUCGAGACGAUUUCAUAUUUUUUGCUUUCAAUUCUAAAAAAUAUCUCAUCCCACACCAAGGGGUAAAAACUGACGGAUCUGUCGAUCUGUGUGCAAGUCUGAAAAAGUAAACAUCGAGCUUGGAUCCCACCGCUCGGCCAACUGAACUACAUAUCUUUAAAAUUUCAGUCGUGUGAUUUUCAAUCUUUUGGCAAAAGCAAAAAAUCAAUUUAUUAACAAAGAAGGAAAAAAGAAAAAAAAAACAUUGCCAUGGACAAACGCAGAAAAUGAUAAAAAAAGACACAUAAUUAAACAUUACUGUUGCAAAAUAGAAAAGUAUAAAUAAGACGUGGUAUAGUGGUUAGCGCAAUUUCUUAGGGUGAGAGAAGUCCCUGGUUCGAAUCUCCUCCCCGACAUUGCUCCAAUGAAAACUUUUAGACGCUAACCAAACCCAUAGACGGAGAACCAAAAAUUGAUACCGGACAUGAAUCUGCCAAACGGAAUUUAGAAAUAGACAUUGUGAUGGCUGACUUUCGCUGGCCGGGCGAGGGGGGCUCACCCUUCCGACCUUCCGACCCUAACACCCCAAACCAAAAAUAAAAUCACAUUACCGGGUAAUUACAGAAAUGGCCGAGUUGGCGUUCAGAUAUUUUCGGUGUUGGCCAUAUCUAUUGGGCACAUCUUGGAUGGAACCGUUUUGGCUUAUCCAUCGCCAGCGCUGCCUUCCAUGUUUGAAAGUGCCAUGGCUAACAAUGCGUCCUCCAGCAUUCAUCCCAAUCCCAUGGAGGCCAAUUUCAUACGCAGCAUUCACUCGGUCGGAGCCACAUUGGCGUGCUUAUUAGCCGGAUUUGCCAUGUCCUUAUUGGGUCGACGAGGUGCCACCUUGUACUGUACAAUUCCUGCGUACGUUUGUGGGUAUUUGUUCAUUGGUAGUGCGCCCUCGGUUUGGCUCAUCAUUCUGGGAAGGUUUCUUACCGGGAUCGGCCUCGGCUUGACACUUUCCGUGCCCACUGUGUACAUCGUGGAAAUCACGAAUCUACGUGUUCGAGGUACCUUGGGCGUGGUGCCCAAUCUAUUGUGCCAAAUUGGGAUCUUCGCCACUUAUGUGUCCGGACGAUGGUUGGAUUGGAGUGGACUCGCUUUUUUGGCUUGUAGCGUUGGACUUCCUUUCUUUCUUGUGGUUUGGAACAUUCCCGAGUCGCCCAUUUAUCUCAGUCGAUGUGGACGAACGGAGGAAGCCACGAGGGUGACAACACUGCUUGAUCUGAAAACAGCCUCACUUCCGGUGGACUGUCAACCGAAACAGAAACUAGACGGGGAGACGCACACUAUCUUGGGUUCAAUCAAGAAGCUGAAGAAUCCUGAAGUAUGGAAGCCCUUUCUUUGUGGUCUCGGGCUGAUGUUUUUCUUUCAGGCGACGGCUUAUCCUUUGUUAAUUGGGUCCACGGUGGAACUUUUUCGAGAGGCUCACUUGGCCGUGGAUGAGCACCUGGCCACUAUCAUUGUCGGCAUCGUGAUCGUACUGAACUCGAUAGUAGCCAUUCCUUUGGCGAGAAGUUACGACCGAAAGUCCUUACUUUUGGUCUCUGGCACAGGAACCGCCUCUUGUCUCUUUGUUUUAGGCACAUUCUUCUACUUGAAAGACUUGGACAUGAUUGAGGGAUAUCUGACAUGGAUGCCAAUCAUUUCUUUCAUUGUCUACAUCGCCUUUUUUAUGUGCGGGUAUGGUUCGGUUUCUUGGUUAGUGGUGGCAGAAGUACUGCCUACUUCUGAGCGCUCAUUUGUUUAUCCUCUGGCAAUCAGUGGGACGUGGUUGUUCAAUUUUGUCUUUGCUCACUCGUACAUCCCCAUGACACUGGCCAUGAGCACGGCCGGAAUCAUGUGGUUCUAUGCAUCGCUCAGCUUUGUGGGCGUGGCUUUCGUGGCCUCGUGCAUUCCCGAGACCCGAAACCAAACAGCAGAGCAGAUUGCCCAUUUCUACACUCAAGGAUGGAUCUUUUGUACGGAUCCCAACAAUGAUAUCAAGGCUAAAACUGACAUCUCAGAAACAUCUUUUGAACCCUAAUAAAGAAGGCAUACGAGUA